CAUAAUUAUAUUAUUAUGACAUCGCACAUCAAAUUAGAUGGCGAAAAUGCACAUUUCGAUCCGUUAAAAUAUGUACGAAAUUUAAAGCAUACAAAAAUAAUAAUUGAUACGGAUUCUGGGGCAGAUGAUGCGAUUGCAAUUUUAACAUCAAUACAAUAUCUAAAAAAAGAGUUAAAUGAUGCCAAAAUUAUUGGAAUUACUUGUGUUCAUGGCAACACCGAUUUGGAUAAUGUUAAAAUAAAUGUUUUAAAAACUUUAAAAGUUGCAAAGAGUUUGGAGAUUCCAGUUUAUGCCGGAGCAAACACAACGAUUUUAGACACACCUACACAUGGUGCAUAUUAUUAUGGGCAUGAUGGUUUAGGGGAUUUUGAAUUUGCCGAUCCACCAGACGUUGGUUUAAUAAAAUCUGAACAUGCUGUAACUGCUUUAACACGAUUGGUUCGUGAGAAUCCAGGUGAGAUUACAAUAAUUGCACUUGGACCGUUGACAAAUAUUGCAUUAGCUAUACGAAUGGAUCCAGCCUUUAGGAAAAAUAUAAAACAUUUGAUUAUAUUAGGAGGUAGUGUAAGUGGCUAUGGAAACGUUUUACCCGGGAUAGAAUUUAAUUUCUUAACGGAUCCAAUUGCAAAUCAUAUUGUAUUUAGUUCAACGAAUAGUGAAGAAAUUUUCCCAUUAAUCAUAAUGCCAUGGGACACAAUGGUUCUUCAUGGUUUUAUGGAUAAGGAUUGGCGUCUAAAUGUGUUGGGAAAAAUUAACAAUGAUCUGAUUGAUUUUAUAAACAAAGUAGAAGGUGUUUCAUUACCCAAGAAACCAUAUUGGGUAUCAUCUGAUACAUGGUUAGCAACAACCGCAUUAAAUCCAAAGAUUGCAACAGCUGCUGAACAUUAUUAUAUCGCUCCAGUGAUCGAAGGAGAAUUUCGUGGUGGUUUAAUUCCAGAUAAACUUGAUGUAUUAAAACGAUAUAAGAAUACAAUUGUUAUAACGCAAGUAGAUCAAAAAAUUUACAAGGAACAUUUAUUAAAAUGUUUACAAGAUUAAA